AUGUCUUCCUCCCGUGAAUUGUCCAAUGUCCAUCCUGGACCCUCUACGUCGACGGUCUCUUCCCAUGAUCAGCUCGACACCCCGGAACUCGAGCAGACGCUUCUACCUCCCGCAGAUCAAGGCAGGGCUGCUUGGCUGAUGUUGAUCUCUUGCUGUAUCAUCCAAUUGCCGGUUUGGGGGUUUUCCCUGGUGUUUGGGAUCUUCCAGGAAUACUUCUCCUCGCACCAUAACCUCCAAGGAAACAAUGGUGACUUGGCAGUGGUAGGAACCACAUCGACGGGAGUUCUGUAUCUGCUCUCGCCGGUGUCGUUCACGCUGCUCACCCGGUAUCCCCAUCUUCAGAAGUUUUGCGCUCCGGUCGGUCUGCUACUCAGUGUCUGCGGCUCUCUGCUUUCAUCCUUCUCGGUAGCCGUGUGGCAUCUGAUCGUCACGCAAGGGGUGAUCUGUGCUGUGGGGAAUGGGUUGGUCUUCAGCCCAACCACCCUGUAUCUGGACCAAUGGUUCAUCCGUCGAAAGGGCCUAGCAUACGGAAUCAUGUGGGCUGCGAAAAGUGUCUGCGGAGUGGCACUUCCAUUUGUAGCUAAGGGCUGCCUCGAGCGGUUUGGAGCGAGAACUACGUUGCGCGCGUGGACCGUGGUGACCCUGCUCACUACCCUCGCGGCCUUACCAUUCGUAAGACCACGCAUCCCCCUUGCGCCAUCUACAUCGGUACGGCCUCUGGACCUCACCUUUUUGAAGUUGGUGACUUUCUGGAUGCUGCAACUAGGCAAUAUCAUCCAGGGGUUUGGAUAUUUCCUCCCUACGACCUACUUGCCGUCCUACUCAACCACGGUCGCUGGCCUGUCGGACACCACCGGCACUCUUCUCGUAGCUCUCUUCAAUGCAGCGUCCGUGGUAGGUGGGGUUGUGCUAGGUGUGCUUUGCGAUCGUUUCGCGGUCACCAACGUCAUGCUUCUCUCUUCCGUAGGCUCCGCCUUGGCGGUGUUUCUGUUCUGGGGGCUGUGCACCUCAUCGUCCUCAGCCUCCUAUCCCCAGGUGGGUAUUGCACUUCUAACCCUCUUCUCCAUCACCUACGGGUUCUUCGCGGGCGGCUUUAGUUCGACUUGGUCGGGAAUCCUAACCGAGGUGAAGCGGGAGGUGCCAUCGCUGGAAACAGGCUUAGUAUUUGGACUGCUAGCAGGAGGCCGAGGGAUUGGAAAUGUGAUCAGUGGGCCACUCAGUACGGCCCUGAUCAAGCGGGGCUCAGUUGUGGGGGAUGAGAGGGGAAAGAUCGGGUAUACGACGGAAUAUGGCGCGUUGAUUUUGUUUACCGGCGUAACGGCCAUCCUGGGGAGCUGGAGUUGGAUGUGGAAUCAUCUCCGGGGGUGUGCCCGCUGA